AACAAGCAGAAAUUCUGGCAAAUCGGAAUGCUGCAUGUCGCCCUGAAAGUCCCAGGAGCUCUGCUGAAAGGAAAAGAUUAAUAAACCUUGCAAUAGAAAACUGCAAAGAUGAAACUGUCCUGCAGUGGCUGAGAGAAAAUUCAGAGUCUGGCACCUUCAGAAAACUCUCAGACAUGUUUGAUUUCCUGAAAAGUAAAAUUGAUGAAGAAGAAAAGAAGAACCACAGUGACACUGUUGACAUAAUCUUUGUGGCACAUGGAUCAAUCAGAGACUCCAUGAUCCCAGCCAGCUGUUUGCUGCCUCUGCCCACCAUCACUGACCUGGUCCUGUACUCUCCCUGGAACUGUGGCACCACUGGUGCUGUAACCUAUGGCAUUGCAACAGGAAAAAUGAGGCCACAGCACAGAGUUUUUUACCGUUCACUACCGUUUUUUCUCCACAGUAGAAUUCUUUUUGACAAAUAUCAACCCCUGAACCUGCCAGACUACUGGAACUCACUGAAGAAAGCUAAAGGACGGAACAUCCCAAACAUCAUUGUUAGCCCUCUGCAGCCAAAUGACGGUGUGUGGGAAACAUUUAAGUCUCUCUCAACAAAACAUGGUCCACCAGGAAGAAACCGCAUCGUCAUCCCGUUCAUCCUCCCAGAAGAGAGUGAAAGUGUCCCGUUCUCUGUCGUCGCCUUGGCUCUGUCCCUGGUGCUCCUCUCUUCCAGGUUUAAAGCCACCGUUCACUUUAAUGCCUGUCUCAGUGAUCCGUCUACAGGACAGAAAUCUGACAGGAAGUAUCUGCAGGAGCAGUACUACUGCACUGAAGACACCACUGUGAUGACCUGCUCACCAGAUGCAUUCAAUGUGAACUGGUGGGAUUAUUUUAAGAGUCUGUUUAGUUAA